CUCAUAAUCCCUAAAUGCUAGAGCCCUUGUUCUCUCUCUCUCUCUCUCUCUCUCUCUUUGUUUCUUCUCUUUUUUUUUUUUUUUAAUUGUGUAGCUAAACUAAUUUAUUGGAAAGUGGGACCGAAUUGUGCAUGAGUUUUUUAAUUGGGACAUCAAUUGUGGAAUUUUCACUUGAUUUGUUCAAUGAGAAAUAUAUUUCUGUUUCUCCAAAUGUACCAAAAAAAUUUACUUCUGGUUCCUAACACUUGCAGUUUUAGGUCACUUAGAGUAUGAUUUUAUGGGUUCUAUGUUCAUAAUCGGGCAUUGCUAUAUGAAACUGUGGUUACAAAGUUCUUGACAGCUAUGCAUCAGAUAGCCUUUUAUUGCCUUUUAGAUUCAUGCAGGAACAGCAAUAUUUUGCAUCGAUUUUUAGGUCCAUGCUAUCUGCACACUUUGGAAAAAUUUGCCAUUAAGCUUAUAAAUAUUGCAUAUAGCAUGUUUAUGAUGGUCAAAGAUAUAGAAUGAGAAAAAACUGACAAGCUUUGAUUAUGUUGGAACCUGUAUGCCAUAGUGUUAUGGUAAUCAAUGUCAUGACUCAAAAUUCUUUUCUGACAGAUACUAUAGCUUCUAACUAAACAUGUGAAUCCUUUUGGAUUAUGUAUGUCAAACAAAUUUUAUAACCACAUUUGUUUCAAUUUUGAGGAUACUGGUGCAGCCUCAAAUAUUUAGGAAGCUGCAAACUUAUCUGGCUUCAAUGUGGAGCCCCGGAAAUAAAGGAGCAUAUCCUAGACGAAUAUCUGCAAAAGCCAGGGGGUCCUCUAUACAGGAAAACAAUUCAAUGCAUGAAGCUUCUAUGAGUGAUGAAGAUAUUACUAGCAUAAAGGUGCACACAUCUGGAAGUAUAUAUGCUGAAGAACAAAAGGGUUUGAUGGUUUUGGCUCGGAUCUUUUGGACGCAGUGGUUCCUUUUGACAUCUUAUUGGAUUGGAGAAAAUAUAGUUUCUUAAUAAUCUUGGAAGAAGUUCAGAGAUGGAACCAAAACCGAAGGUUGUGCAGGAUGCUGGAAUUGCUCUGGCAUCUCUUGUUAUUUGCAAGAAGGCACUUGAGAGGGAUCUGUUCAUAUCAAUUUCGUAUGUUUUGCUCACUUAUAAUGAGUUUCUGUUGCUUAUUUCUAAUAAAACUAUUUUGGUUUUAUUUAUUAGUUUUAAUUCCUGUGCAUGUGAGAGCAACUAUUGUUAGUUUGGUCAUAUCUUGUAGGUGCAGGAAGAUAGGAGUAACAAUUAAUGUAUGUGUAUCAACUUUUGGAUGCUUUGCUUCUUAGCUGUAAAAUAUUAUAGUUGUGCGUGUUGUUAGAGCCACAUGCAGUCAAAGCCCCUUCCUUUGCCAUAGUUCUCUUUAGAUUUGGAUUGUUAGACCUUUUUUUUUUUUAACAAAUCGAAUUGAGUUGAAUUUGGAUCGAGUUUUUCAAAUUCAAAUCUGUUUUGAUAACUCUAAUCGAGAGUGAUGCAAGAUAGAAUUUAGUUAAUCUAAAUUUCAUUAUGCAUCCGUUUUUAGGCUAUAUUAAUACUAAAUCUCAUUCAUCUUCUUCAUGUCAUGGUUUCUGUUUAGAACUCAAUAUAUGAAG